ACAAAUCAUUCAAACCACCAAAAAUCCCCAAUUUCAAACCCUAACCCUAACUUUUUCAAUCUCCAAAUUCUCAACAAAUUCAAUGGCACCAAAGGCAGAGAAGAAGCCCGCCGAGAAGAAACCGGCAGAGGAGAAGAAAACACCGGCGGCUGAGAAAGCUCCGGCGGAGAAGAAGCCAAAGGCUGGAAAGAAGCUUCCGAAGGAAGCCGGAGCCGGUGCAACCGACAAGAAGAAGAAGAGGACGAAGAAGAGCGUUGAGACGUACAAGAUCUACAUCUUUAAGGUGUUGAAGCAGGUGCAUCCAGACAUCGGGAUCUCGAGCAAAGCUAUGGGGAUCAUGAACAGUUUUAUCAACGAUAUUUUUGAGAAACUUGCUCAGGAGAGUUCCAGGCUUGCGAGGUACAACAAGAAGCCAACCAUCACUUCGAGGGAGAUUCAGACCGCCGUGAGACUCGUUCUUCCCGGUGAAUUGGCGAAGCACGCCGUGUCUGAAGGAACCAAGGCCGUAACCAAGUUUACAAGCUCUUAAUUGGUUUAGGUUUUGUUGUGGUGUUGAUGUAUGGUAGGGUUAGAUCUUCAUGUCUCGUGAUGGUUUACCGUGUUAGUUGUGGUUAUGACUUUAUUUUCUUUUUUAAUUUGGUGUUUUAGGGUUUGUAAUUGAUGUGAUCGGUCUGGGAUUGAUCGUUUCAAAGUAUGAAUUCGAAGCAUAUAUGAUAUGAUAUCUUUACUUUUGUCCAA